ACAUGAAUAUAGAGUAUUCUGUGAAUUAAACCCAACAUGUUCACAUUGUUCAGUUUGUUUUUCUCUUUUAUUUUAGAUUUCUGUUAUCUGACUCUGGAUCCCAACACGACACAUCCUCACCUCAUUCUGUCUGAGAAGAACAGAGUGGUGAGAGUCAGUGAGAGAAAGCAGCAGUACUCUGAUCAUCCAGAGAGAUUUGACUACUACAGACAGGUGUUGUGUAAGGAGAGUGUGUGUGGACGCUGUUACUGGGAGGUGGAGUGGAGCAGUGUGUUUGGUGUGUCCAUAUCAGUCUCAUAUAAAGACAUCAGCAGGAAAGGACGUGGUAAUGAGUGUGGGUUUGGACGCAACAAUCAGUCCUGGAGUCUGUGGUGUUCUUCUUCUUCUCUCUCUUUCUGUCACAACAACAUUAAGACUGAUCUCAGAGUUCCAUCACCCUCCAGAAUAGGAGUUUAUGUGGAUCACAGUGCAGGAACUCUGUCCUUCUACAGCGUCUCUGACACCAUGAAGCUCCUCCACAGAGUCCACACCACAUUCACUCAGCCUCUAUACGCUGGAUUCAGGCUCUACUGGUGUGUAGGUUCUCCAUCUGUGAGAUUGUGUGAUCCAGAAUAAUGUGUGUAGAGUUUUGUGUAAAAUUCCUGCACAUUACCACAUUGUUACUCCAUCAUCUGUUUUACUAGCACACAAUCCAGCUGCACAAAAAACAGUCAUUUUUAUUUUGUAAGAAAAACAGAUGAGUGAUUAAAAUAAAAAAAUUAAAAUGAAUGGUUUAUUAAAAACUUAAAAUUAAAAUCAAUAUUUCAUUAAAAAUUAACUGUCAGACAAGAACCUAAUAUAGUUUUAAAAAAGAAAUGAUCAAAUGAUAUCUGUAUGUAAAAUACACAUUCAUUUUUUGAAGUAUAAAGUAAAAUUGUUGAAAUUUCACUGUAAAGCAUUUAACAAUAUUUAAACUACAUUAAAUCACACAGUAGAUGAUUGGUUAAAGCGUUGUCUUGUGUUCCUUCCAUAUUCAGCCUGGAUGAUGAUUGGCUGGCAGACAGACAGAAUUUUUGCUUUCUAAAAUGCUGAUUGUCGAAUAAAUAGUUUUGUGGCUGAGUAAUGAAGAGUGUAAAGUAACUGGGGAGUUUUUUAUUCCAAUUUUAUCUACAUUCAGAAUAUUGCUCUUUUCUGUGAUUUUUGGGAUUAAAUUGAAAUUAUUUUAUAAAUGUGUCUGAUUAGUGGAACAUUUAAGUGGAGCAUUUCUCUUUCAGACCACCAGAGGGCGCACACACCACUUCAUCACUUCACUUUUUAUUAUUUUAUUUUAAUACUCUGCAUGGACAUUUUUUUUAAAUUAAACAGACAAAACAAACAAACAAACAAAAAAACAACAACAAAAAAAACAUGCAUCAGUUCCUCAACCAAGUAAAACAGAAUCAAGACAUUCCUCUUCUCCAUUCAUUACACAGAUGAAAAGUGCUGAUAUAACUCUUUAUGAAAUAUACACAAGUUUGGUUUCAUUUUCAGAAAUCUGUUCUUGUGGAAAAAAUAACUUUUCAAGAAUAUUAAUUACAUUAUUCACUAAAUCAUGUGUUCUAGCUUUUAUAGAAAUGCCAAAGAUCAUAUUUUCUCUUGCAAUAUCACAGAGAUUGUUAAAUUUAGGAAUAACCAGUAAUGCAAAUCUUCCCAAAAUGCACAGACAA